AUGGCGCCAACGGAUACCAUGAAGGCCGUUGUCUUCGACGGUGUACUCCAGGUCUCCGUCCAAGAUCGACCUAUCCCCAAGAUACAGAACGAUGACGAUGUUAUUAUCAAGGUUCACAUGACCGCCUUGUGUGGAUCGGAGUUGCACGUUUACCGUGGCAUAGAGCCUUCCACGACUGGCUACAUCAUGGGCCACGAGUUCACGGGUACUGUUGUUGCAGCCGGCCAUGGCGUUAAAUCUGUUCAGAUCGGAGACAAGGUGGUCUCGCCAUUCACUACCUCAUGCGGCACAUGCUUCUUCUGCAUCAAUUCCGGUACCGCUAGGUGUGUCAACAGCCAGCCAUUGGGCUCCGAACGUCUUGAUGGCGCACAGGCUGAGUACGUGCGGGUUCCUCAAGCGGACGGAACCAUCAUCAAAGCCCCAGCAACUAUCCCGGACCAGGCCCUUAUCCUCAUGGCUGAUAUCUUCCCUACUGGGUACUUCGGGGUCAAGAGUGCCCUGGAAAUGAUGCCUCGCUUACGGGCGCAGGAUGCCACCAUCGUUGUAGUUGGCUGCGGUCCCGUCGGUCUUUGCGCCAUUGCUAGCGCCGCUGCUCUCCACCCUCGACAUCUUUUUGCCGUGGACAGUGUCAGUGAUAGACUCGACCAAGCCAGGAAUCUCGGAGCAGAGCCGCUCAACUUUGUGGCAAACAAGACCGGGUUGAAAGACCGCAUCGCACAAGUAACUGGCGGCCGCGGUGCCGAUAUUGUCGUCGAAGUCGUUGGACUUUCACCGGCACUGAGAACAGCUUUUGAUCUAGUCCGUCCUUUUGGAGCUAUUAGCAGUAUUGGCGUUCAUAAUGCCGAGAUUCCAUGGUCGGGUGCUGAGGCUUACAACAAAAACAUCCGUCUACAAAUGGGGAGAUGUCCAGUUCGAAGUGUCUUCUCUGAGGCGAUGGAUCUGUUGGUGGAGAUACACCACUCUCUUGGAUUCUUAUUUAAAACCGUCAUUCCAUUAUCCAAUGCCGCCGAAGGCUAUGAGCUCUUCAACCAGUCCAAGGUACCUAAGGUUAUCUUCCACACGGAGUCCAUCUCAUAA